AUGACGUUUUUACCAGCUGGACAUACUGGAAUGUGGCACACGUACCUAGGUUUCUUGAGACCAGUAGCCAUUUCUUUCCUCCAAUUGGUGGGCAAGGCUGAUAUUGCUCAGGAUAUGACCACAAAGCUGUGGGUGACAUGUGGACAAGGUACUUUGGAUACGGAGGACUUUUCCAACAUUCUGAAGAGCCGAUUCAUUGAAGGAGGAGUUGCACCUCUUGGCAUUUCGCAAUGGCAACAUGUCUCUGUAGCUAUUACGGAUGCUCACAUCAAAAUUGCUCCUCCACCUGUUGCUGAAGGGGAAAACUCAAUGUUUGAUUACAGAGCGCCCAAGCGCUCCGCUAUGGCAAUCAGGCCUGGAGCUUGUGUGGAACCAUUGCUCCGAUAUUCCGGAGUGAUGGCUAAUAGAGCGCUUAUCUUUUUGUGGCUUUCAGAAGUCGAUAUGGCCUUGCUAGCCCCACCCUCACCUCUACGCUCAAGUUCCCGUAAUCGUACCGCUCCUAAUAGCCCGCGAAUGGUUCCCACCUCAGCCGAUUCUCGAUUGUCGCUCAGUGUGACCAAUCCAAUUUCAUCUGAGACUGGUAAAGGUGACACUGGAACUGAUCAAUCCCAAGCCAAAGAAAAAAGUAGCAGCACUCAAAAGAAAAAUAAACGAAAGAAGAAAGGCAAGAAGAAGAAAACACAAGAGGAGAUUGAGGUUUCAUCUGAUUCUGCCAAUGAUGAACCGAGUCGCAAAAGGGGUAAAUCUAACAAGAUUAUCCCAGCUCCGAUAGAAUUGGAUCUUGAUCAAGAUGAUGGUGUCUCUGAAACCAUGGAGACAUCUUUGAGUCAACUUUAUGCCAGCACUUAG